CAAGGGAGGCGGAGGAGGAAGCGCAAAGUUGUGAGAGUGUAAUUUAUCUCCAAUUGAUGAAGAUGCAUUCUUCAAAACCCAGGCUUGUUGUUCCAUAUGGCCUCAAGACUUUACUCGAGGGAGUGAGCAGAGCGGUUCUCAAAACCAGUCCAACCAGUAUCACUGAGUUUGCAGCUCUCUACUUCAGAGAGCUAAUUGCAUUUAGAGAAGAAAAUCCUAAUUUGGAUAUAACAGACCUGGUUAGAGAAUUUCAUUUCACUAGAGUAGAGGGCUGGACUGAUAGACUGCCAGAAAAGAGAGCUGACCUUGGAGACAUAAGUGUAGUGUCUCCACUUUCCGAGGAACCAAAACGAAAGGAAAAAUCCACAGACACAGAGGAGGACCAGUUGCACGAAGGCCCUGAACCUGAAUUCAGCAGCAAAACUACACAAUACCCAUCAACUCACUGUGAACUUGCAGAAAAUGAACCAUCCCCUACGGGACCUGAAUCAUCCCCUAAGGGACCUGAACUUGCCUAUGUCCCAGCUGAUCCUGCACAGCUUGCUGCACAGAUGUUAGGUAACAUUGAUUCUGUUCAUUCUAUGAAGGAUGUGGCAACAAGUGUGCAAUCUUUACCUGAACUGUCUCUGAGCUCAGCGGACACAACAGGUGCACCAGUAGAAGGUGCUGCUGAAGACGCUACACUUACCCCAGCUGCUGAGGGUUCUGCAGAGUCUGUAAGGUUGGAGUCAGCGGUUCAGAGUCAGGCCUCCAUUGUCCUAGGGUCCUCCAGCAGUCAGGCUGAACAAGCAACAAGUGAUGUAGAUCAAGCUUCCUCAACCCCCUUGCAGGAUGAACCACCACCACCUGCUCCUCCACCACCUCCUCCUAAAGAUCCAUUACAGGCUGUGCCUUCCCAAAGCGAAAUUGAGGUUACAUCAACCAUUCAGGCUAUGCCAAUACAUACUGACGAUGAGCCCGCUACUGAAGGAGAGGUUCCACCUUACAUAGAGCAGUUCCCACAGCAAAUAGUCAUUCCCUUUUUAGAACAAGUAGCUUGUCUAAUAGAAAUUCAGCAGCCGCUAAUGCCUUCGCUAAAUGCAGGUCAGUUUACAUGCACUAAGCUCUUAGAUCCAUCUGCAGAUGAUGCAGAAUGUGACCCUGAAAGAAUGGAAACUACAGCGCAAAUGGCAUCAGCUGAGCAAGGUUUUAUUAUGUCAGCAAUGGCAACAACCGAAGCAGGACAACCACCACCAUAUUCUAAUGUGUGGACUCUCUAUUGUCUAACUGAUUUGAGCCAACAAGGUCGAAAGUCACCACCACCCCUUCCUCCUGCUGGAACUGGUGCUCCUUAUCCCCAAGCAACCCUCUAUAUAUCUAGUGGGAAGGAGCAACCACCAUUCCUACAACAGCAGCUGACACCACAAGGUCCACCACCACAAGUAUCCUCUCCAACUUAUGUGAUGAUGGAAGAAGGCAAGAGGGGAAAUGCACCACCUUUCAUUUUAGUGGGCUCUACAGUUCAGAAUGUACAGGACUGGAAGUCUAUUCCUGGCCAUGCUGUCCUUACACAGCAUGACACAAGUGCUGUGAGGCGAUUCACUACAGUACCCGUACCAGUUGCCAGGCCAGCAGAUCUGAAAAUGGCCACUCCAAACCCCAAUUCUAAUUCUGCACAAGAAACUGCUAGACCACCAACCCCCGUUUUUCUUUCAGUUGCCAUACCCUUAGACGAGGUAAUGUCUGCAAAGAGGGGCUCAGCAGCUGGUGAUAAACAAGCAGGCAUAAAUCCCUUUGCAGGAAGCUAUGGUAUAGCAGGAGAGAUUACAUUUACUUCUGCCCCGGUCCGCAGAGCAGACUCGUGAGAAGGUUGAGGAGAUGUCGUCAUGUGAACACCCCAGGAUGGAAAUCUGCAUCUUAAAAUAAAUUAACUUAAUACAAGCACUCAAAACUAAUACAAUCCAUUAGAAUGCCUUUUUGUAUUCUGCCAAGGGUCUGGAAAUGCAAACAGAUUAUUGAAGAUAAGUAUAUAAUGAAGCAUCCAUGGGGGGGGAACCACCAGCAGCACAGGCAAUAACCAAAAACAAAACCAAAUGCCUCUGCUCCUGAGGGGAAGUAGUGUCUGAGCCCUCUUAGAGACGUUUAGUUAAUAGACAAGUUGAUCAUGUAGUAUUGUGUAAACAUACAUCCAUAAAUAACCCUCAAUUUCACAUUAGUUCCACACAAUCCCUUUCCAGCAUAGGUCACUUCUUAUGCAACAGAUCUCGUUAAGCAAUGUCCUUAUACUUGGAAUGUCCCAAAACAAGAAAUUAUAAGUGAGGUGGUCAAUGAGAUUAAGGGUAAAAAAAUUUCACUAAAAACAGAUGGCAGAUGCUGUCCUGUACCACACAAGAAGCCAGUGCUCUAGGAGUUUAAAACCCAUUCUAAUGGACCUUAGAGUUGCUAUGGAAAACACUGUAGUUUUGCUAUAGCUUUGGAGCCUCAAGUUUAUUUCAGUCUGUCAACGGUCACUGAGGGUGGGGGGUGGUAGCAUCUUCUCUAAACACUUGAAAUCCCCCAGAAAUGACAAUUUUAAUUAUCCAGUGGAAAUUGCUUAGUGUCUGCAUCUAUUCUCUUAAGAGCCCUAGUCUUUACUCCUUAUGAGUUCCCUGGUGAUUGCUCCUUCUCUUGACCUGUUUCCUACUUAGAAAAAGAAAAGCAGGUACCAUCUCCUCUGUCCCAGCUUGAAAAUAAAGGAAAUCACUAGGAGAUAGGCUUUUGAGUAGAUAUCUGCUUCUGGAGAAGAAACUUACCUGGGAGGCAUAUGCCACUCAAUGCUUCCUUCUCUAUUUCUAUCCAGUAAUCUCUUCAAACAAUUAUUUGGAACAGAAUCCUUUCCCUGGAACUUAAUGGGUUUCAAACCCCAGUAGGUCAGUGUUUGAGCCAGUGGACUGCACCCCAAGGGUGUGUCACGAGGCUGGUGGAGUGGGGGAUGAUUGUAAUAAAUCUUUAGUAUCUCCCAAGUGAGGCGCAAAAAAAAAAAAAAAAAAGUUUCUAGACUCAUUUCAGGAUAGUAAAACCCUUCAAAAGUUUGAGAAAUCAACGUUAGUAGAACAGAUUACUUGCAGUGAUGCAUGAGACACCAGUGUGAUUCAGCCUCUAGUUAGAAAGCGUCUUCCUUGUUUGCUGAGUACAGUUCUUCCAGGAAAACCACUGUGUGACAUACUUUAUGAACACAGAACUGCAAGCUUUCAGACACAUCAGCUAAAAGCCACACUCAGCAGGAUGACUUUAUA